AUGAGGAUGGACAAGAGAUCCCGGAGCAAUUCCAGGGAGUCUCCUAGAAGACGCAGAGAUUCCCCAGCUACACAGAGCAAACGAGAGAAGAGGGAGAGCAGCAGAGAAGCCAGGAAAGGAAAGGGAGACGUAAAGCAGGAGAAAGCAAAGGAGACCAAGAGCACUGCAGGCACUGAUGGGAGGGUGCACACCUCCACGGUGGUGGAUGUGGAUGAGGUGGUGUCUGAGGAAGAAAUGGAGGCCAUGGCGUUGCUGGACAGCGAGCAGCAAGAGGAAGGUGUGAAGUCUCCUGGUCUGGGCAUCUGUGAGUGGCUUCUGACCAUCUUGUCUUUCCUGCUCAUCAUAAUGACCUUCCCCAUUUCUGUCUGGUUCUGCAUGAAGGUAGUGCGUGAGUAUGAGAGAGCCAUCGUCUUCCGACUUGGGCACCUCCUUCCUGGCAGAGCCAAAGGACCUGGUCUUUUCUUUUUCCUUCCCUGUCUGGACACGUAUCACAAGAUAGACCUCCGCCUCAAAACCCUAGAGAUCCCCUUCCACCAGGUGGUGACCAAAGACAUGGUGACCUUGGAGAUAGAUGCUGUCUGCUACUACCGACUGGAGAAUGCCUCUCUCCUCCUCACCACCCUGACCAGCAUCUCCACUGCCAUCCAGCUGCUGGUGCAGACCACCACAAAGCGCCUCCUGGCACAUCAAGCCUUCUCUGAGCUUCUGCUGGAGAGGAAGGACAUCAGCCAGGAGAUAAAGGUGGCUUUGGAUGCAGUAACGGGCUGCUGGGGGAUCAAAGUGGAGAGAAUAGAAAUGUAGGUAGAAAAUGCUGGUAGAUGGGAAUUCCCUGGCCCUUUGCACUCCCUGGCUGUGGAAGCAGAGGCCCAGAGACAGGCCAAAGCACGGGUGAUCGCUGCAGAGGGAGAAAAAGCUGCUUCUGAGUCCCUACGGAUGGCAGCUGAGAUCCUGUCCAGUGCCCCUGCUGCUGCCCAGCUCCGUUACCUCCACGCACUGCACUCCCUCACCACAGAGAAACCUGCUGCUUUCAUCUUGCCCUUGCCUUUGGAUGCCAUGAACCUGGUCUCUCCAGCUACCCACAGCCCUCCAGCUGUGAGCACCCUCCUCACGGACACCACAAAGCUCCCAGAAGGUCCCAAAGACAAGAAGGACUCACCCAUGCUCUGA